AUGGUAUCGUUCUCACUGGGAUCUAUUCUGAGCUUGGUCGUUCUGGGGACGACCACAGUCGGGAUCGCAGUUCCACUAAUUCCACGAGAUCUGGAGACCCAAUUCUACCAACAAAAAGAGGCAGGUUUCGCACUGGAUCCUAACUGUGGACCUAUUGGAGCAACCUUAAACACCACAAGGUUUGCAGGUCCUAAUGGCUCUCAAGCCUGGCUCAGCUGUGGGUUGAAUACGACCCGAGGAUGGCAUCCUCCGAGAUUCUCAAUCAAAGAUAUCAUCUCGAAGGAUCUCGAGGCGGCAUCGAAGAUGCCAAACUCGCCAUUUACACGAUGCGAGCAAUACUUCCCCUUGUUCUACAAAUACAGUGACAUGUUCAAAGGUACAUCCGAGGGCCUCUCGGUGGACACUGGACAGCAGGAAGAACUUUUGACUGACUUGAGCACGUUUUCUUCAAUAGUUCCGGCGAUUCUGAUCGCAUCGUUUGCAAACCAGGAGUCGGGGUGCAAUGCGGAGACAAUAGGUGGAGGAGAUGAACAAGGAUUGAUGCAGAUCACACCGGACAAAUGCGGUGGAGCACCGGGCGGCAAUUGUCGAGACCCGGAUUUUAACAUUCGUACAGCUAUUGGCUAUUUCGCUGGUGAACUUUCUAGGCAUAAUGGUAGUAUUUUGCAUACCAUUGGAGCAUAUAACGGAUGGUAUGAGGGAAUGACCGUUCCCGCUGCUACCGCUGCUGCCAACACAUCUUGUUGUCGAUGCCAACAGAACCUAGACUACAUCCACCAAAUGUGCAAUGGAUGGAUCCAAGGUGUCGAUGCCUAUGCUGCCAAUCUCGGAUCUUACUUCAAUCUACGAAUCACUAUAUACGCGUCCAAGAGUCACUUUCGUUCUGUCGACUUUCAAAAGCAAAGAAGUGGCUCGACAGUCGCCUAUUUUCAUCUCGAACCGAACAGGAUCGACAGCCAUUUUGACAACAAAAAGUGUUCCCCCGACAAGUCCAAGGAGCAAAAGGACCCAACAGCAGCUGUCGACUCGGACCCGCGGGUGAUUUCCCAAAAGAAGAACCGCGAUCCAAAACUUGACUUGGCUUCUAAAGGCGUAUUGAUCGACGCCGGCGUCACCAUUAGCUUUCGUGCCUACCCACCGCCGCUCACUACCGUCAUGAAGACCGUCGCUCCUAUUUCUCUUGUUGCACUAUUGGCUUCGUCUGCCGUAGCCGUCGCUAUCGAAGCGCCCUCGUAUGCUGCCGGCGUCUCCCAUGUCCAUGCUCGUCUGCAUGCUUCCCGUGCUCAGAUGCGCCGCGAGUCCGGCGGCCAAAUGUACAGGCGUUGCAAGCCCAAGUACACGGGUUCGCCAUCUGCAACCCCUGAUUCUACUCCUGCUCCCGCCCCUGCCCCUGCUCCUGAGAACCCGGAGCCUGCCCCCGCCGCCUCUCCUGCCCCCGUUACUAUUCCGGAGCCAGCUCCGGAGCCUUCUCCCGAACCCAUCCCUGCCGCGAAGACCAGUGGAGGCUCCGGGGACUUGAUCAAGGUCAAGUCGAAUGGAUGCGGUGAUGUUGGUGCAACUUCGGAUGUCACCAAGACUUCUGGACCGAAUGGUUCUCAAGAUUUCCUCAACUGUGGUGUCAAUACUGGAGGUUGGAGGCCUCCUUACAUAACGGUUGGCGAUCUUAGGUACAAGGACCUCGGGGCCGAGUUGGCGAGUGGAAACAGCAUUUUCAAGAACUGCGCGCAGUACUGGGAUGCCAUUGACGACGCUUCUGGGGAGACUGGCUUGCCUGCGAUCAUGAUUGUAUCAAUCAUGAUGCAAGAAUCGAGUUGUAACAAGGAUACUGUGGGCGGUGGAGGAGAGCAAGGUCUUAUGCAGAUCACACAUGAGAAGUGCGCUGGAGCCCCUGGCGGCAACUGCAGGGAUCCUUGGUUCAACAUCCAUACUGGUGCCAGGUACCUGAAGGGCCAAGUUGAUGCCAAUGGCGGAAAUGUUUUGAAGGCAAUUGGAUCAUACAACGGCUGGGUCGACGGCAUGACUAUUGACUCGGCUACCGCUGCCCGCUGGUCCGCCUGCUGCAGGUGCCAGAACAACCUUGACUACCUCCAUCAGUUCCUGAACGGAUGGCUCCAGGGCAAGGACGCCUACUCGAACGGUCUUGGCGUGUACAACAACCUCGCGGUGUGCGGUGCCUACUAG